UAAAAAAGGUGAUAACUACCAUACAUCUUUAUGAUGUUUACUUAGUGUUCUUUUAUGAGAACAGGGGAUCGCACUUACAAUUAGGAUUUAUUUAAUGUUGACUGUUUUUGAGGGAUGCCUGCCGCCAGUACGUUAUAACUUAUCAGUUAGCGAGAGGUGUGCCAGGUCUAUCGUUCCUCAUCAACAUGAAUCUUAUGAGAACAUUUCUGAUUCCAGCGUUGAUUCAACUUUUCUCCAAUGUGAAAGCUUUGGAGAUAGAUUCGUCAUUCUUGGAUUUCGCUAAAGACGUAAGAUGUAUGGCGCCAUUUUUAUCUUUGAACACGAUAGGAUAUUUACAGUGUCAAAAGAUGUGUGUCCGUUAUUCGGACUGUGAAGUUCUACGUUACAGCAAAUCACUGUUAGAGUGCCGUCUCUACUUCAGUAACAAUUGCAGGGACCAUUCCGGUGAUUCCGACCCACAUAUCUACCUGAGGAGAAAUCAAACACACAAGUCGAUCGGAAGAUACUGCCUCCAAAGAUGCCCAUCUGGAAAUGCAUGUGUCGUGUCAAACAACAUAUCGACAUGCUUUCCUGACAGCGUUGCCGCACGCUACCUUAAUAUAAAUGCUAUCUUCGUUGAAAUUGAUGGUGUAUAUUUCGGCAUGUAUACUGUGCUCCAAAUCAGUCGAGAUGCUAGCCUAUUCUGUGAAUCACUUUCUGGGAGACUAGCUGUUCUGGAUACGCAGAAGAAACUCCAAAUCAUUUCUUCUGAAACAAAGAGAGUUCACGAAUUCGCACACUGGCUUAUUGGAGCAUUCAGAGUUGCCGAUGCAGAAUGGCAAUGGAGCAACGGAAAGCCUGCUUAUCCCGAUGUCAUAAAUGAUGUCGAUUUUGACUGUGUGAUGAUAUAUAGGGCUUUCCUAGACGAUUGUUCGUGUUCUCUUAAAGGGUAUUUCGUUUGUGAAAUGCUAUGAACAUUUAGGAUAUAAAGGAGACAUUAAGUGACUAUGUUGUGGAGUUGAGAUGUCGGACGCGGAUUUCAUCAUGCUCAUCCAGUUCAAGUCGGGCUGUGCCCGGAGGAGCAGGUCUCUGCGGUGUCGACGAAAUUGUUGGGUCUGCCAUGUUCAAG